GUCGUCGUUGUCGGUUGUUUAAAUUGUUUAAUAAUAUUUGUGUAUUUGAAAUAUAUUGGUUAACAUGGUUGCCGAUACGUAAGUAAGCUCUUGGAUGUUUUAUUGCAAUAGUAUAUUAUACUGACACAUUUGAAGCAAAAAAAAAUUAAUAACGUGUGGCGUGUAUUCCGAAAAAUGCAAAAGUGUUAAAAUGAAUAUAUUCUUAUAUUGGGGAAAGAAACUAAUUUGCGUCGACAUACCAAUUUAUACUUUUCCUUUGUUUCAAUCGACAAUAUAAAUGUAGAAUUAAAAUUAAUAGAUAAUAUAAACAGAAACUUUUCAUAUCGCUGCUUUCAGAGUUCACUGCAUGAUUGGACAUUAUAAUAAGCAACAUUUUUGUGUGAAUUUUUAUAUGUUCAAGCAUAUGAGUGUAUGCUGUACAAGUUUUUGAGAUAUUCAUAUGUAUACACGUAUUUAUAUAUCUACAAUGUAUACUUGCAUAUAUUUGAUCACAAAGUUUUCUAUUAAUAUGCGAAAGACUCCAGCUAUCUACGUGUACUAAAUAUUUUAUAGAUAUUAUCAGCUGCAAGUGUUUGCACACUGUAGAAACAAAUACAAAUUUAAGUCAAAACUACAAAAGUAAACAAAAAUAGACGCUAAAGAAAAGUUUGAUUCUAUAUUAUGAAUACUAAGUUCUUAUCCCAAUAGCCUAUAGUCAUAUAUACACCUAUGUAUCGUACAUAUGUAUAUAAGUACAUCUACCCAAUAAUUCAAAACAAUGUAAUUCAAAGUAACCCCAAAAAUAUUGGAAUAAAAUGCUUGACGCGCAUAAAAAAAAAUAAAAUAAAAAGUUAACAAGAAUUCAAAACAAAAAUUUUGUUCGAAUGGCACAUAAACGAUCAGCUUAUCGUAGACGGAGCAAUUCGCCGUUAAGGAAGAAGGAUCAUCUCGAGCUUGUUGAAGUUUGUAUAUCCAACACUUUACUCUUGCCGUGCAGUGUGAAAAUCGCUAAACUCAUACAGAAGUCCAGUUGCGAUGUACUCUGUAUUAUCGACCGUCAAGUGCCGCCAGAGUUGGUGGAGCAAUUCGGUGAAUUCCGCUCAUUUGAUAAGGCUUUUGAUAGUGUGGUUUCAUGCUUUAAGUCGCCCAAGUUGGACUUGCCCAUAGUUUAUUCACCCGUACAGGAAUUGACUGAUUAUCAUGAUGUUCGCACGUAUCAGAAAGCGGCAGCCAAGUCAUUGGAGCGCGCCAUUAAGGCUGGCUUCAAAUCGCCGCUGCUGCUGGUGCCGGCGAGCAAGCGCUUCUCCAAUGCCGAGCUUUGCACCGUGCUGGGUGCUUUGGAUCAAUUAUAUGUUCCGAUUCAAUUGCGUGAGGAUGUGCCCGAGCAGGCAAAGCGUAUUAAGGAGCUGUCGCUUUUGAUUGCUACGCCAAGAGCUGAAGAAAUUAUAAAAGAUGCUUUGGUAUUGGAAUCGGGUCGAAUGGUGGCACGCGAUAUUGGUGUUGGCGAUCCAGAACGCAUGGCGCCACCUCGCGUCGAAGACUACGUUAAUAGCGUACUGUCCUCGCUGAAGAAGGAAGUCAUUAGCGAUUUGAAUGUGUUGCAAGAGGAUUAUCCACUUUUCGCCGCCGUCAAUCGCGCUGCCAAUCAAGUGAGUCGCCAUCGUGGCCGCAUCAUCUUUCUGGAGUAUGUGCCACCGCAACCGGCACGCAAAACGCUGAUGUUGGUGGGUAAGGGUGUCACCUACGAUACCGGUGGUGCUGACAUUAAGGCUGGCGGUGUAAUGGCCGGCAUGUCGCGUGAUAAGUGUGGCGCCGCCGCUGUUGCUGGCUUCAUGCAGAUUGUCAAUGAGCAAAAGCCUGCCGAUGUGCAUGUUAUUGCUGCACUUUGCAUGGUACGCAAUUCGGUUGGUGAAGAAUCCUAUGUCUCCGAUGAGUUGUACACCUCACGCGCCGGUGUACGCAUACGCAUUGGCAACACCGAUGCCGAGGGACGCAUGUGCAUGGCGGAUGCUCUGUGCCGCAUGAAAGAGAUCGCCAUCGAGCGCAAACUGCCCGAUCCACAUCUCUUCACUAUUGCUACAUUGACGGGUCAUGCUUGUAUUUCCGCUGGUGAUGGCUACUCCAUUGCCAUCGAUAAUAGUGUGGCACAUAAGACAGGUCAUGCACGUCUGUUGCAGGAGACUGGUCAGUCGUUUGGCGAACCUUUCGAGGUGUCCGUUUUGCGUCCAGAUGAUUUCGAUUUUAACAAGGGUAAAGUGAUUGGUGAAGACAUUGUGCAAGCCAACAAUGCACCAUCGACACGCACGCCACGUGGUCACCAGAUUCCAGCCGCUUUUCUCAUUCAGGCCACUGGCUUGGACAAGCAUGGCCUAGAGUCCAGCUUGCCAUUGAAGUAUACGCACAUUGAUAUUGCUGCCAGCGCUUGCGUAUUUCCAGAGAUACCAACAGCUGCGCCUAUUGUGGCCUUGGCAAAGACACAUUUAUAGAAUUUUUUAUAAGAGCAUAAGAUAUCAAUUAUAUUGUACUUAUUCCCGCAUAUAUGUAUGUAAUUUGUUACGCUAAACACUACGAAAUAUAAUCACAUAUACAAUGAAAGCCAUUGCUAAA